ACUUAAAAUUGCAAGAAUCUUAGCAGUCAACCAGAGGGAUCUCUGCUCUCUAUGCCCUGAAAGCAACAUGAUUCUAACAUCCCAUUCCAGGCUAUGCAGAAUCCUUGUACCUAAUUGCUACAUACCCAUAAGAGAUUGGUAACAGUUGGCAACAUGUGCCCAGUCCAUGAUUAGAUGACAAAACACGAAGUAGAUUGGCUGUCUAGUUUCCUAUUGUGUGGAACAAUUGGGGCCUCAGAAACUUGCCAAAACAACCAUAAAAACCACAUAAAAUAUCACAAACUGAAUUUAGAUUCUUGCUCGUAAAAAAGAAAACAGAAGAUUUUUACAUACACUCCAACAAACUGCAGGUGCCCUCUUUUUUGAGUCCUCAGAACUUCUUCCUCAAGAAGAGGGAAUAACGUUUACUUUCUUGUAGUAAUUCACAUGGCAGGAGCUACAUCAGUGAAGUCUUUUACCGACAGUCUUUCACCUUGCCCGUGUUUGUGCCUGGACUCCAUGUCUUCAACUAGGCUAAAAAUCACGCCGUAUUCUUACAGAAGUACAGGGAGACGAGGGCAGUUGACGAAGCUGAGGAUGACAGAUUUGAGCAGUUCUUUCUUGUAUACAUGGCACAAUUGGCGGUUGUCUUCGAGAAUGCUCUCAUGUUACAUCAUGAGUCACAGUUCAAGAAAGAGACAGAAGCAGCCUCAGGGUCUCAUUGUUGUAGAUGAGUUGGGAGGGCAGUAUGAUGACACCUUCAAUGAUGUCAAAAUGGAACUCAUCAACUACUUCACAUUCAAAGCUGUAAGGACCGUUCUUGAACAGCUGUACGAGAUGAAUCCCCCACAGUACAAAUGGUUCAACAACUUCGUUGCCGAUAACGUACCCAACAACGGCCAACGCUUUCUCCAGACCCUCGUCAAGGAACGGCGAGAACUCGCUGAACGAGUGAUGAUAACGCGCCUCAGCCUCUACGGACGAUGGAUUAAGAAAUGCGACCACGGUGAAAUAUACAAUGAAAUCUCAGAGGAGAACUUGAAGCUGAUGAGAGAUAGGCUUCUGGAGACGAUCGUGUGGCCGUCCGAUGAUAGCACAAAAUCUGAUCAGGACACAGAUUGACGGCAGAGAUUUAUUUGAUUAGGAUGAUUUGGAUUUUCUCGUGUUUUUGUUCUUUAUUAAUUGUAGGAGAGUAUCUAUUCAUUAGGAUGAUUGUAAUUAAGCAAAGUGAUUUAUGUCAUUAAGACGAGGGAAAAAUA